AUGAAAUGGGAAUUUCGAGAUCUCCAGGCCACUGCUAUGUCCGUAGACUAUUCGGGCAAUAAUGUUUUAUUAGCAGGACGUAGAUGGCUAGCGAUCAAACAGAUCUCUCAAGACGAUGAUUCAGCUGAUAUUGUAAAGAAAUAUCCUCGCCAUAGCAAGUAUGAUGCGGCUGGUGCAGAGUGGUGUCAAUCUUAUCAAGGACAAAAAUUAUGCGCUAUUGCGAGUAAUCAACGAGUUGAUGUGUAUGAAUGGCGAGGUGGCAAUGAUCUUACAUGUGUCUGUUCCCUUCGUGGACAUACACGUGUAGUCAGUGACACACAUUUCCAUCGUCAAGAUCAUAACCUAAUUGCUACAUGUUCUAUAGACACUUUCACUCAUCUUUGGGAUUUACGUGAUGCAAGAAAACCUGUGUUAUCUUUAUGUGCAGUUGCUGGAGCUUCACAAGUACAAUGGAACAAAGUAGCAUCUCAUAUAGUGGCCACAGCUCAUGACGGAGAUAUCAAAAUUUGGGACUACCGGAAGCACUCCACUCCCAUCCAGUAUAUAUCUGCACAUCUUUGUAAGAUUCAUGGUGUUGAUUGGAGUCCACAUCACGAAUAUCAACUUGUCACAUCCAGUCAUGAUGGAAGCAUUAAGUAUUUUGAUAUUAACAAUGCUAGAAGACCAGAAAACGUAAUCAUGACGAAUUUCCCAGUUUGGCGUGCGAUAUAUACACCAUUUGGCAAUGGUUUACUGACCAUUGGAGUAGGAUGGGGUGGAAUGCCAAGAGUUGAGCAGGCUGGUGUGAUUGGCAUUUGGGUAGGUGGAGCGCUAGCACACAGACUUGUAGGUCAUACGGAUACUGUCCAAACAAUGGUUUGGAGACCAAAUACAUCACCAUCUAAUUAUCAAUUAGUAACAUGGGCCAGAGAUCAGUCGUUAAGGGUAUGGACAAUGCACCCGACAUUACUAAAGAUGUGUAAUCACUACUUGCCAGAUGAUGAAUAUGAUGAUGAUAAUAACAGUGAUAAUGUGAGUUAUGCAUCAACUGCUGGCUCUAAUAAUGAUAUAUCUGGAGGUGACAGUAAGACUCAAGAUAUUUUAUUGAAUAAACUUUCCCAAAAAAGCAGUACGUCCAUCAACGAGGAAUUUGAAUCAAUUCGGGAGAUGGCUAACAUAGAGGUUACUGAUACCAACAAUGAGACACGCACAUGCCAGAUUCAUUCUGAGCGAAACGGUUACAUAGCCAAUCUACAAGUUACAUUUCCAAGAAAUACCAACAAUGAACAGACAAUACCAAAAUUCUCCUGGCUGUCGGGUACCAAUGUCGAUAGUCCUACCACUAUUAAAAUAUUGCAGGCCAUUAAUAGAACUGCCUACAGAAGAAAGAAAGAAGGAAACCGAUGUUUAUUGCAUUGCGUCAAAACUUUGGCGACAUCCAUUGAUGAGAUUCCAGUAAAGUCUAGUGACGAUUCUGAUUCAAUGAAGUCUAGUCAAAGAAGUCAAUCGGAGAGCGAAAACGCCGGUGAUUCAUGCAUUCCGUUUCCUCGGACCUGUGGAGCUAAGUGGUGUGGAGUGAGCACUCUAGUUGUCUUUAACCGACCGCCGAAUGCACGUAGAUUGUCCCUCAAACAUGAAACAGGAACACCACGGUCGAUGUCAUCGCUAUCUCUGACACCAGGAUUGUUUGGCACUGGGUAUAGCUCUGUGUCCCCUCACGCCACCACUACUCCGUCACCGACAAAUGCGAACGGUUUUCCACAGCUGCAUCACCGACAUCAAUCAAAUUCAAUAACUACUUUUUAUUUCCAAGAUAGAUGGAAAGCGCAAGGGCGUCGCGCGGGUAGCAUGCGCAGUCGCGGCAGUAUAUCGGGCUGUGUGGUUCCCCGUGUGGUGCUGUACGCUGCGCCGGAUCUCUUCCCGCUCUGUCGCAGCCUCGCUGAGAAAUAUAUCAUCAAUGCUGACGAUCCUGUUGGUAUGUAUGCUCAAAAUAUACAAUAUGAUGUUGAAAAAUUUAAUAAGCUCUCUAUUUUUACUACAAUUGAUCCAAGGAGCAAGCAAGCAUUACUUUCAAGCAGGCAAUUAUCAGGCAAAUUUAAGAAAAAUAGAUAA